GUUUUUUUGAGGAAGUUUUUUAAUUUGACGUUUUUUUGUGUUUUUCAACGUUUGGCAACAUUCUUCCGGCAUUUGGCGGGACAAGCGUCAUAAGGCUGUCGGUGAUAACCGUGUUUUUUGGAGUUUUUAUACGUUUUUAAGUGGUUCUGAAGUAAAAAUGGGAGAUAAAGGAGACGCAGAGACUUUCGACGAUGCGGUGGAAGAAAGGGUGAUCAACGAGGAGUACAAAAUAUGGAAAAAAAACACACCGUUUUUGUACGAUUUGGUGAUGACCCACGCGUUGGAAUGGCCCUCGCUGACAGCCCAAUGGUUGCCCGACGUGACCCGACCCGACGGCAAAGACCACUCCAUCCACCGACUGAUUCUGGGCACGCACACCUCAGACGAGCAAAACCACCUCUUGAUAGCCUCCGUGCAGCUGCCCAACGAGGACGCGCAGUUCGAUGCCUCGCACUACGACAACGAGAAGGGCGAGUUCGGCGGGUUCGGUUCCGUGUCCGGCAAAAUCGAGAUCGAGAUCAAAAUCAACCACGAAGGGGAGGUGAAUAGGGCGCGGUACAUGCCGCAAAACCCGUGCGUAAUCGCGACCAAAACCCCGUCCAGCGACGUGCUGGUGUUCGAUUACACCAAGCACCCCAGCAAGCCCGACCCCAACGGCGAGUGCUUUCCGGAUUUGAGGUUACGGGGGCACCAGAAGGAGGGUUACGGGUUGUCGUGGAACCCUAACCUCAACGGGUACCUGUUGUCGGCCUCCGAUGAUCACACGAUUUGUUUGUGGGACAUAAACGCGAACCCCAAGGAUAACCGGGUUAUAGACGCGAAAACUAUUUUUACCGGGCAUACGGCUGUGGUUGAGGAUGUGGCUUGGCAUUUGCUGCACGAAUCUCUCUUUGGAAGUGUGGCCGACGACCAGAAGUUGAUGAUUUGGGAUACGCGUUGCAACAACACCUCCAAACCCUCCCACACGGUGGACGCCCACACAGCCGAAGUGAACUGUCUUUCGUUCAACCCCUACUCGGAGUUCAUCCUGGCUACGGGCUCCGCGGACAAAACGGUCGCGCUCUGGGAUUUACGCAACCUAAAACUGAAGCUGCACAGCUUCGAGUCGCACAAGGACGAGAUUUUCCAGGUGCAGUGGAGCCCCCACAACGAGACCAUCUUGGCGUCGUCCGGCACGGACAGGAGGUUGCACGUCUGGGAUCUGAGCAAGAUCGGCGAGGAGCAGAGCACGGAAGAUGCGGAGGAUGGCCCCCCCGAGUUGCUGUUCAUUCACGGUGGACACACCGCCAAGAUUUCCGAUUUCAGUUGGAACCCCAACGAACCGUGGGUGAUAUGCUCGGUCUCCGAGGAUAAUAUAAUGCAGGUAUGGCAAAUGGCGGAAAACAUCUAUAACGAUGAGGAACCCGAGCAGCAGGCAAGUGAUAUCGAAACGGCCGCGAAUUAGUCCACAUUUUCCACAAUUUUUUUUAUCGUCGUCUAUAAUAAUUUUUAUUUAUGUCUUUAGUAUUUUUCUUUAUAAUUGUGACUUCCACAUAGUUAGUUAUAAAUGAUCGUUUUUUAAUGUGUGUAAGUUAAGUAAGGUACAAAAAUAAUACAAAAGUAAUUGUUCUGCUUUUAUUUUGUUAAUUUUAAAUACAAUUUUUAUAUUUAGACUGUCUGUUUUUUAUUUUUUUAUUUAACCUUAAAAAUUACAUUUUCGGACCUGUAAAAUGUUUUUGCAGCCCCUGCCAAACUUUAAAGUAAUCUGCAUCCAACUUUUCGCAUGUUUUGGCGCCCCAUUUGGUAACGGCCAACCCCAGGCAACUUUCAAACAUAAAUGC